AUGACGGAACCAAUCCCGGGAACGUCCAACAAAAAGGAACUUCUCGACGAAAUAGUAAACAGGAAUAAGCUGGGAAAUAAAAAAUCUCAUUCGGAAACUUCGUUGCAACAAUACGGAGAAAAUGACGAUGUCUUCACUAUAGACGCGGGUCAGGAUCCUGGUGUCCUCAAUGCAUCUUUAACAAACUUACAAAAUGCAGACGACAAUCCAAAUCGAAAGCGGACCAUGUCCCAGCCAGGUCCUGUGUCUGGUAGCCUCUUGACCGCGUCAGCCGCACGUGCUGCGAGGAAACGACCUCAAAAGAACGUCAUGUACGCCCCGGACCUAGAAAGAAGUCACGGGGGAUGCACGAUAUAUCAGUCACCAGAAUCUCUCUCGGAACGUGGUGCAGAGACGAUCAAAACUUGUAUCGUAGAACUUGUGAAGUGGAAAAUUCUCUGGGGUGAAUCUCCGAGUGAGGAAUCGACCAGUGAUAGGCUGCGGUCGAGUAAUGGUGGUGAUUCGGGUACAGCCACGCCGACAGGUGAAAGAGGUAGUCCACUUCCGUACAAUGGUUUGAAUAAUAAUUCAAAGAAUGGCGACAUCAAAUCAUUAAAUAGCUACCGCCUGUAUAUACCUACAAAUGACUUGAAAGGAAGCGCUACACCAAGGAAGCGUUCAGUGGCCACAAUGGACGCUCAGUCAAUCAGAUCUGUAGAGACGCAUGCACCGCCGCCCACCAAUCCAGAGGACAACAAAAAACAAACCAAGAAAUACAUUACGUUGAUAACGAGCUGUAUGUACGCAGUAUUAUUAGUGACGUUCGGCCUAAUUAUUUAUAUUGGAGACACGUUGGUCGAGCCGUCUGUUUCAGUGAUAUAUUCCAUCAUACUGUGUGGCAUCGGAUUCCUGUAUUUAAUAUUCUUAAUAACAGAUAUAAACAGGUACAAAGCACUCGCUUUAAAGAACCUGAAAAUUAAAGGGCUACACGAAGAAAAAAUCGCUGAAUUUUUUAGAAAACAAGAAGAAGAUUUCGGCGCGCCCGGUACUCCAGGCGACCGAACUCCAGAGUUUAAGGCACCGAAUUUUCGACCACCAAUUCUUAUUCCCAUGCUACACCAGUACUGCUUCAGUCAGGGCCGGCAUUCAGGCAGUUUUUACCUUAAACUCGGGGCUGCAGGUUUCGCUUUGGGCCAUUUGAUCCAUUCCGUUCUCCUCCUUGCUGUUCAGAUAGGACAUUUUUUGGACGAAGACGUAAACAAUGAUGAUUGCGUUAACAUACUGCAAGUUGUUCUCGACGUGAUGUUCCCGUUGUAUUGUUUCGUGCAACUUUACUUUAUAUUUAAAUAUUCGAAUGUCAUCAUUUUACGAUAUCAGAAUCUAGCUAGAUUCGCCUUCAUGCAUAUGAUCGGCAGUAGUCUUUGUUUCUGGGUGUCGGCCAUUGUACGUGAGACUAUCUUAGGGCUAACUCUGUACGCGAACAGUAUUUAUGGAAACAAUAAUUACAAUUAUGAAGGAUACUCGAACCCGACUGCUAUACGUCAAACGAAUAGAUUUUUGAAUGUCAGCAAUCUAUUUAAUGAAGAAUGCAUUGGAUCGAAGGCGAUUUCAACUAUAUUUGAGAGCUUCUCACCGUACCUUUACCCGUUCAGCGUCGAAUUCAACAUUUUGAUCGUUGCUGUUUAUUUCAUCAUUUGGAGCAACAUCGGUAACUGCGACAAUGAAGAUAACGAGUCGGAAUUAAAUUCUACUGACGACGAUAAUACAACCAUUUGCAGAAUCCCAACAGCAAAUGAAGAAAACGAUUUUACCAGCAACAUUGUCAUUUACGCUGACUGUCACGCCUCCAACAAAGGACUAUUCGCAGGAUUGAUCCUGAUGGUUAUCAUCGCUGGAAUGCUCAUCAUUGGAUUCGUCUUCAGCAGCGUUGGCGAGGAAUUUUUGGAGCUCGGUUAUCUCCUGAAUAACUGUACAAAACUCACAUUACACACGUUGAUGCUGAUUGCUUCUUUGGUGACGUUGAAUCAACUGAGGAAACUGGAUAUCAACGAGCACCCUAUCUCUCUACUGGACGACGUUUUACUCUUUAUCUGCCUACCAGCUUUCUUCAUGGAAACAUUUUUCUCUCUGAUUGCUACAAUAAGCAUUUUGAACAUAGUUAAAACUAUCGAUUUUAUUGUAAUGUUCAUCCAAGUGACAAUUCAAACUCCGCUCAUAAUGGACGGGCUCCGUCGGUGCAGCAAUACAAAGAAGCUUCGCCGUUCAAAGCCCGGUCGGGAGCUGCUCAUGUUUCUGCUCAUCGCGAACGUGGGAAUGUGGCUGCUCUACACAUUCUCCUACAAGUCCCCGGAGAGCCUGGACGAGAGAUACGCUUUCUACGGAAAAGUGUUGUGGAGCAUCCUCGGUCACGUCAGCUUGCCUCUGAUCAUGUUCUACAGGUUCCAUUCGAGCGUCUGCUUUGCUGAUAUAUGGGAUUCGGCUUACAAGCCCGGCUCGGAACACUAA